AUGGCACAGACGCCCGCAUUGGAGUCUGCCAAUCCACUCGACAAGAGCAACAUACCCUCUGAGGCCAGACACCAGCAGAUUGUUGGCCAGACUGGUGAAGCCAUUACAAAGGAGUCAUCGAUCCUGAUUGCCAUCGACGGCACUGAAGCAGGCGACAAGGCCUUCAACUAUCUUCUCAAGUCAAAGGUGCUCAGCACCAACGCCCAUGUCUUCAUCGCUACAGUCCUCCCAGCCAACGUCCUCUCCGGCCCUUGGGUAUCCGGCCCCCUCUCAAUCGAUGCCAAGCGACAGAAUGAGCUCCUCAAAGCUCUUCGCGAGCAGGCCAUCGAGAAGCUCAAUCCUUACAAGGACAAGCUCAAGGAUGCAGGUUACGAGACCACUAUCCAUGUCGCCCAUGGUGACGCUCGACAGACCUUGGUCCGUGUAGCCAUCUACCACAAAGUCGACUUGGUCGUAGCUGGAAAGCGAGGCAAGAAAGGUAUACCAGGCCUGACCGCGGGCAGCACUACCUCCUACCUAGUCAACCACGCUCCCUCUCCCGUACUCGUCAUCAAGUAA